UCCAUCGGCACACACAGACAGCAGUGAGCAGCUGCAGCGACAAGAGGCGAUCGCGCGUGUUGCACUAUUCAGAUAACAAAUACACAAAUACCGCUUAUAAACAUCUGAAAUAUAAGCGACUUUAAACAUGGUCGACCGCGAGCAGCUGGUUCAGAAAGCCAGACUGGCUGAGCAGGCUGAGAGAUAUGACGAUAUGGCAGGUGCCAUGAAAUCGGUAACAGAGCUGAACGAAGCCCUUUCCAAUGAGGAGAGGAACCUGCUCUCUGUGGCCUACAAGAACGUGGUGGGAGCACGUCGUUCAUCCUGGCGGGUCAUCUCCAGCAUCGAGCAGAAGACCUCUGCCGAUGGCAACGAGAAAAAGAUUGAGAUGGUUCGUGUCUACCGUGAGAAAAUCGAGAAGGAGCUAGAGGCUGUGUGCCAAGAUGUUCUCAACCUCCUUGAUAACUUCCUGAUUAAGAACUGCAGCGACACCCAGCACGAGAGCAAAGUUUUCUACCUGAAGAUGAAGGGCGACUACUACCGUUACCUGGCGGAGGUGGCCACGGGUGAAAAGAAAGCCGCAGUGGUGGAGUCUUCUGAGAAGUCCUACAGCGAAGCCCACGAGAUCAGCAAAGAGCACAUGCAGCCUACGCAUCCUAUCCGUCUGGGUCUGGCGCUCAAUUACUCUGUCUUCUACUACGAGAUCCAGAAUGCACCAGAGCAGGCCUGCCAUCUAGCCAAGGCGGCUUUCGACGACGCAAUCGCCGAAUUGGACACCCUGAAUGAGGACUCCUACAAAGACUCCACCCUCAUCAUGCAGCUUCUGCGAGACAACUUGACGCUCUGGACAAGCGAUCAACAAGAUGACGAAGGAGGUGAAGGCAACAAUUAAACCGAGAAGAAAAGAGAAGAUCUUUGAGACCCUCUUUCUCUAAAACGCGUGCUCACACAACUAGAAAAAGAAAACAUAAAAUAAGUUAAAUGAAAAUUUCACUUAAGGGGGCAUGGUGGAAAUACGUCAGCCACGUUUGCUGAUAGUAAAGCAGCGCAGUUUUCUUUGUUUUUUCCACAAGAAACUAAAUUAAUAUUGAGAGAAACUGAUCAAUAUGCUAGUUUAAAAAGAAUUGUAUGUCUCUGAAAUAAAAAAGGAAUUAGCUUAAAAGGAAAAAAAUAAACGUCUCCUUCUUGGUUGUCGCAAUGACAUUUAUUCGAACACUUUAAGGAAAAGGCUUGUCAGUCAGUCAGCAGUUGUAAAUGGCUGCAGGGUUUCGUUACACCCACACACUGGCAUAAGGACUGUUCUUGCAGUGAACUACGAAGUGGAGCUGCUUAUAUUAAUUGACAUUGUGCGGAGUAUUUCAAACCGUCAAGGGUGAAAUAUUGGGGUUUGAGGAAAAAAAUAAAUCACUAAAAUAAUAUUUUAAGUGAAAACUUGAAUGUUACCGCCUCGCAGAAGUAGGAAUUUGCAUAUAGGCUGCACUGGGAGUGAACGGUUUUGUUUUUGUCUCUGAUAUACAUAUAGGGAUUCUCAAUUGCACUCACUACUGUUAGAAAGUCAUUUAUGUCAAACUGGUUAUUUAAAAUACACAUUGUUAGUGUGCAUCUCACCUUGAAAGUACACCGGACUACUGUAUUACAGUUAUGUUGAUUAUGUGUGCGACUAUACGUAAUUUCCUGUGAUUUUCAACCCAAAGCAAAAAUCGAUUAUUUCCUCUCAAUAAAAUAACUAUUGUUAUUAUUAUUAUUAUUAUAGAUAUUUUUUUCAAAAAGUAAGUCAAGCCUGACCCACAUUGAAAUAGAUAAAUUAAAUUAAAUAGAGUAAAUCAAUUCAAUAAUUAAAUGAAGGUAAAGGCAAAACUUUAGAUUUAAAAAUAACGAUAAAAUCCGGAUGCUUUGCAGAAACAAAUAUUACUCUAAAAGAAAUGCCUAAUAACAGUACACUACUGGCAGAGGUGUAGAUUCUAGGGGGAUGGGGGGAGGUAACCCCCCCCCCACCUCACCCCACCCCACCCCAAAUAAUCAAAACAAGCAAGUACCGCCCUCCCCCCCCAAUAUUUAUACCAUGAUCAAUGGAAACAUGUAAAUGCUUCAUGUUGCAACCCCCCCAAAUUUCAAGCCAAAUCUACGCCCUUGAUUUACAGGUACUUUUUUUAUUUAGUUAGUUCAGUUGUUUCGGCAGAAAGAGAUUUUCUGGCAAUGUAAAACGAGACAUGAAGAGAUUUGUGGUUAAUUUUUGUUCAGUUUCGUUUUUUAAAUUGUUUAUUAUUAUUAUUUAAUUUUCAUGAAAUGCACUUGCCUAUUAUACUGUUUCUCAGUGUAGGACGAUUACAGCUCCAAUAUUCUUGAUAAUACAAUAUUGUGCAUGCUGGUGAUGUAUUUAUAUACCAUAGCUUGACUUUAUUAACUUUAAAAACUGUAGAUGUUAUGUAUUCAUAUGAACAAGAAAUGACUAGAAUUGGAUCUAAUUAUUUUCUAUUUAUUACUUUGUAUUGGAUUGUUUAUGAUUUUUACGUAUAUUUUUUUCUUGCUGAAGUAUGCUAUACCAAAACAGUGUGUGUUUACCAUUAAUUAAUCUGUAAUGGAUGUUGCUAAAGUGACAUGCGGUUCUUGUAUUUGGUUUUUAAUAAACAAAACGGGGGAGAAAAAAAUAAAAUAAAAAACACCAGUGCUUCAAACCUUAAUGUCUGAUGUUUUGUCACAGUGAAUUAUAAUUACUUUGUGAAACAAUUAAUGUUGUUCUUGAAAUGACUUUCCUUUCUGUGCUUUCUUCUGUCAAGUUCUGCUGUAAGAUAUUUAAGAAUUGCUGUAAUAUCAAUGUUUGUUUGUUUCCUCAGAAUGUGUUUCUGUAAGGAAUUCACUCACUCAUGGACCCUAUUCUUAUCAUUUAUAUUUUCUUUCUUUCGCCUUGUCUACUGGUAUCUUAAAUGUGAGUCAUGUAGCGAUUGCACAAAAGAAACAGAAUGGUAAUAAUAAUGAUAAUUAAAAAAUAAAAACAUGACUGUGCUCUUCUAACCACCAUUUCA